AUGCACCCUCAGGUUCAAGCGACCACCGUAACUAUAUUCACUAUUACAUUACAACUACUUUCCAACCCGACCCCUUCUCUCUCUUAACUUACCAUGUUUGUUUCAGAAUCCAUUAACAACAAAAACGAAACAACAAUGAGUACCAUGGUCUUUAAGGUUGCUGUCUUGGGUGGUGGAAUUUCUGGAGCCGUCUGUGCAUCAACUCUUGCUCGAAAUGGGGUUUCUGUUACACUCUUUGAGUCAGCUAGAGGCCCUGGUGGACGCAUGUCCCAGAGAAGAGAGAAAACUGAAGAUGGAAAGGAGCUGCAUUUCGACCACGGUGCUCCGUUUUUCUCAGUUAGUAAGCCGGAAGUGAUGCGUCUAGUUCAAGAAUGGCAGUCGAGGGGUCUUGUAGCUGAAUGGAAAGAAAAGUUUGGCUCAUUUGAUUUUCAAACCCUUAAGUUUGACAACAUAGAGCAGGAAGGAUUAAGCAAGAGAUUUGUGGGUGUUCCGGGCAUGAAUUCAAUCUGCAAAGCAUUAUGCAACGAGAAUGGUGUGGAAAGCAAGUUUGGUGCGGGUGUUGGAAGAGUUGAAUGGUUGGAUGAUGAGAAAUUAUGGUCAUUGAUAGGAGUGGAUGGACAAAGUCUUGGUCGGUUUAAGGGACUCGUCGCAUCAGAUAAGAAUAUAGUUUCUACUAGGAUUACAGAAGUUACAGGACGGUUACCACCACUUGAUUUGAAGUUGCUGCCCGGAUUGUCAGAAAAGUUGCACAACAUUCCUGUUAGACCAUGUUUUGCAUUAAUGCUGGCAUUUGCAGAGCCUCUGUCAACGAUUCCAGUUAAAGGCUUCUCUAUUAAAAAUUCUAAAAUCUUAAGCUCGGCUUACUGUGAUAGCAGCAAGCCAGACCGUUCUACAACAAGGGUUGCAUCCUUAUUUUACAGUGAAAGAUGGGUUCUUCAUUCAACAGCAGAGUAUGCAGAGAAUAUAAUCGCUCAAACAGGACUCAAGAAGCCCUCGGACGCCACAUUGAAUAAAGUGGCGGAAGAGCUUUUCCAAGAAUUUCAAAGUACCGAGGCUAACAUAUCACAGCCCUUUUUCAAGAGAGCACAUAGAUGGGGGAGUGCAUUUCCGGAUGCGAGUAUUGCGCAAGAGGAGAAAUGUGUUUGGGACAGAAGCAAGAGACUAGCCAUAUGUGGUGACUUCUGUGUUAGUCCGAAUGUUGAAGGCGCCAUAGAUAGUGGUUUUGCAGCAGCCUUAAGGCUUAAAGAUAUUAGUGCAAGCUCUCUAUAGUUGUUAAAGGAUUGAUGAAGCUAUGCAACAUUAUCAUUUAUAGUUCUUCUGUAAACUUGGGUGUGUUUUUGUUCAGGCUUAUUUUUUCUGGGAAAACUUGUUUAGUUUUUCUUGAGGACAUGGCUGUAUUUAUAUAUUUCUGACUUCUGAGAAAAUAAGGUAAAUGUAUGUUAUGUAGAGGAUGGCCAUAUUUACCAUAGCUGUGAAUUUGUGAUCAUGCUAUUGUUGAAAAUGCAAGUUGAGUGAUGAGAAUA